GGCGCGUUCCCCCGGGGCGUGCAAACGCGUAGGGCGCGCAUGGGCGUAUAUAAGAGGCGGCCGCGCGCGGGCAGCCGCUGCUUGUGGUCCGGGACGUCGCAGGCACGAGGCGGAGGCGCCAUGUGGGUCCCGCUGCGUGCCGUGCUCGCGGUCCUCCUCCUGGCACUCGCCACAGCGUCCGGUCUAGCUCUUCCGGCAGAACCCGCAAGUGACAAGAAUAAAACCGAGAUUGGAGAACGAAUGCUCUACAGUUUUGACUACGACCCACCGGAAGUUGAACUUUCUGUGAAGAAGUUUGGCUAAUGCAAUGGAAAUCUUUGAGUCUCUUGUACUUUCAUUUACGUGAAUAAAGCAAACGAUGACGUA